UUAUAUAAUAUUGCAAUAUUGCACUUUUUAAUAGGUUCAUGAGUAAUCCUGGGGAACAACUGUUGUUGUUUUGUUUUUUAUACUUUUUAAUUACAUUUUGGAUUAGAGCAAAAGCCACCUUGCGAUCAAAUUCGAUCAAUUUUCCUCUAUUUUUCUUUAAUUUAAAAUAUUUUAUUUUUACGAAUUUAAAAAUUUUUUGUUCCAUAUUUCUUUUAAUCUAAAACAUUUUAAUAUUUUUUAGAUGCUGAUACUGAACAUUUUUGUUACUAAAACGGGUGAAUAUUUUUGAAUGUUAUUUUGUCACAUCUUAUGCAAAAGCCGGUGUCAUCACAGAUUCCUCGUGGCGUGGGUUGUCCUCCUCCACCCGGUAUGGAUCCUCGAAAAGGAAAAGGAAGGCUAAUGUGCAUUAAAGUUCGAAUGCUUGAUGAUAGUGUAGGAGUCUUUCAUCUCGGGCAUAAAGCACUUGGCCAAGCUCUUUUUGAUGAAGUUUGCAGACAUUUAAAUUUGUUGGAAUCUGAUUAUUUUGGACUUGAAUUUAUUUCUUUUGGAAAUAGGUGUUGGCUAGACAAAGAUAAAAGUAUCUUGCGUCAAAUCAUGGCUGCUCAAUCCGACGCUCGUUUCUUUUUUACUGUUAAAUUUUAUACUCCUAAUCCUGCGGAACUUGAAGAGGAAUAUACACGUUACUUGUUCGCCUUACAAUUACGUCGUGAUUUGGCUCGUGGCGAGUUGUUAUGUAAUGAGAGUACUGCAGCAUUGCUUGUUUCUUUUAUUAUUCAAUCAGAAUGUGGUGAUUACUCUCCAUUGGACUAUCCUGACUACAGAUAUGUUUCUUCUGGCAAUGUACAAUUUGUACCCAAUCAAAGCCCUGCAUUCCAGAAAGAAGUUAUGGAGCAACACAAAAAGCUUAUUGGUAUGAGUCCGGCUGAAGCUGAUUUUAAUUUGCUUGAAACUGCAAGACGUUGUGACUUUUAUGGAAUACGUCUUCACAAUGCAAGGGAUUUGGAAGGCGUUGAGGUGGCUCUUUCUGUUGCUCACAUGGGAAUAAAGAUGUUCCAUCAACUAAAUUGUAUGAUGACUUUUUCUUGGGCAAAAAUACGAAAAUUGUGUUUUAAACGGAAAAGGCUUAUGAUUAAAAUUCAUCCAGAUAGCGCUCAACAAUACAAAGAAACUGUAGAAUUUAUUUUUGAUAAUCGAGAUGAUUGCAAAAAUUUUUGGAAGAAAUGCGUUGAACAUCACAGUUUCUUCCGCUGCCCUGAACCUGUUGAAUCGCGAGAAUCUCGAAAGCUCUUCCACCGUGGCUCAAACUUUCAUUAUCAAGGCAGAACUCAGAAACAAUUAAUGGACUAUGUACGUGAACAUAGGAAGCGCCGAGAGCCUUUUAAACGACCUUUACAACGAAGUUUUAUUCAUCCAUUAAAUACAAAAGCACCAAUUUUCCCUCCAAUUUAUGGGAAUCAACAACAAUUUCAACAACCACAACCACAACAACAUUAUUUUAUCUCAAACAGAUUAUCAGAAAACAACAAAAAUAGACAGGCUGUGGAAAAUACACAAAAAUUAAUAAUGAAUAUUACAUCAAUGGCUAGUCAAAAUGGCGGAAAUCUUAUUGGAAAUUCUAUAAAUAAUACUAAACGUUCAUCUGGCGAAGAAAUAAUAACAAGAGAAAAUGGUGAAAGAAAAACAAGGCCAAAGGUAUUAAUUUUUUAA